GAUCACGUGUACCUGGUCCCUGGAACCUCGUGUUCGCCGUGCUUCCCGAGUGACAAGAGUUUCCCACUCAGUAGUUCACCUUAUUAUUAAAGAAGAAGGACUUUACCCUUUCCACUUAAUGAAAGUGCAGAAACUCGAAAAAGGGGACUAUGCAACAAAAAUAGCAUUCUGCACGUGGCUGAUAGAAAGGAAUCGACAAGAUCUAUACUUUUUGAAAAACUUCUCGACUGAUGAAAGCAACUUCACUCGAGAAGCCAUUUUCAACAUACACAAUGAACAUGUUUAUGCACUUGAAAAUCCCGAGCAGACAAGGAAUCGUGGUUUUCAACACCGGUUCAGAUUGAACAUUUGUUGUGACAUAAUCGGAGACGAAGUAGUAGGUCCAUAUUUGCUAUCGGAUACGUUAAAUGGACAAGACUAUGAAGUCUUUUUGCGGGAAGUUUUACCAGAACUUCUGGAAAUGUUUCGCUCAAUAUCCGACAGGACUUCGUUUUUCAGCACAACGGUUGUCCUGCACAUCGCGCUGUAGUUGCUACCGCCUACCUAAACGAAGCCUAUCCUGGUUGGAUUGGCAAUAAUACGAGAGAAGUUCAAUAAGUCCUUAGAAUGAAGUAUAAAAACAAUUUU